AAAUAAUAUAAAAAAUGAUUAGAUUAAAUAGAGUUUAUAAUUUACGUACUGUUGGUUCACGUUUUUUCUCAACUGAACAAAAAGAUGUUGUUAUUAUUGGUGGUGGUCCAGGUGGUUAUGUUGCAGGUAUUAAAGCUGGUCAAUUAGGUAUGAAAGUUACAGUUGUUGAAAAAAGAGGUAAAUUAGGUGGUACAUGUUUAAAUGUUGGUUGUAUUCCAUCAAAAGCAUUAUUAAAUGCAAGUCAUCUUUAUGAAACAGCCACCACUAAAAUGGGUGACUAUGGUGUAAAAUGUAAUAAUGUUGAACUUGAUUUUGGUGGUAUGAUGAAAUACAAAGAAAAAGCAGUUUCAGGUUUAACAGCUGGUAUUGAAUCAUUAUUCAAAAAGAAUAAAGUUGAUUAUGCUAAAGGUCACGGUAAAAUUACUGGUCCAAACACUGUUGAAGUUACCAUGAAUGAUGGUUCAGUUAAAACUAUCGAAACUAAAAAUAUUGUUAUUGCAACUGGUUCAGAAGUUUCAACUGGUGCAUUAUCAAAUGUAGUAAUUGAUGAAGAAAGUAUUGUUUCUUCAACUGGUGCAUUAUCAUUAAAGACCGUUCCAAAAGAUUUAAUCGUAAUUGGUGGUGGUGUCAUUGGUUUAGAACUUGGUAGUGUCUAUUCACGUUUGAACUCAAAAACUACCGUCAUAGAAUUCACCAACAGAAUUGCAGCAGGUGCAGAUGGUGAAGUUGCCAAGAAAUUCCAAAAAUCAUUAGAAAAACAACAUAUGAAAUUCCAUUUAGAAACUAAAGUUACCUCAGUUGUUAAACAACCAAAUGGCAGAGUUGCUGUUACUGUUGAACAAGUUGGUGCAUCAGGUUACACUGGUACCUUAGAAGCUGAUGUUGUAUUAGUUUCAGUUGGUCGUCGUCCAAAUACUCAAAAUCUUGGUCUUGAAAACGUUGGUGUCCCAACCGAUAAAGCUGGUCGUGUUGAAGUUGAUGAACAUUUCGCUACCAAAGUACCAUCAAUUUAUGCUAUUGGUGAUGCCAUUCGUGGUCCAAUGUUAGCACACAAAGCUGAAGAAGAAGGUAUUGCUAUUAUUGAACAAUUACACAGCGGUGUUGGUCAUGUUAACUAUGAUGCCAUUCCAUCCGUUAUUUACACUCAUCCAGAAGUUGCAUGGGUUGGUAAAACUGAAGAAGAAUUACAAAAAGCUGGUAUCCAAUAUAAUGCAGGUAAAUUCCCAUUCAUUGGUAACUCAAGAGCCAAGACAAACGAUGAUGCUGAAGGUUUCGUUAAAUUCUUAGCUGAUAAAGAAACCGAUAGAAUUCUUGGUGUACACAUCAUGGGUGCUAACGCUGGUGAAUUAAUUGCUGAAAGUGUACUUGCUAUGGAAUAUGGUGCCUCCUCUGAAGAUGUUGCUAGAACUUGUCAUGCCCAUCCAACUUUAUCAGAAGCUGUCAAAGAAGCUGCUAUGGCUGCUCACGGUAAACCAAUUCACAUGUAAAUUUGAAUUGAAUUACUUUUUUUCUAAUAUAAAUAAAUAAAUAAAUAAAAAUAAUCGUAAAUAAAUAAAAAUUAUUCAAAUAUUAAAUGGUUUCUAAUUAAUAACAAGAAAUUAUUUAAUGAAUUUAAAUA